AUGGAGAUGCCGCUCUACAUUUCACGUAGCGGUGUCUCGCUUGCACACUACACGUACUACAAGCAGUCUUGGUUGAGAGCUCGUUGGAUCUCUCUGGAGGCUUGUAGGCGUUAUUAUGAUGUAGAUAAGCUCACUAGGGUCCUGGGCAAAGGUUUCCCAAUUUGCCCCUCCCAAGUGCCACGAGAGACCAGUUCGAUAAGAACAUACAUCCCGGUCAUCCCACCAUCUCUGGCUUGGUUUAACUCGCUAUCGGCAAUCAUGAUAACAAUGUUUAAUAUUUGUUUGUGUGUGAUGCAGGGUGGAGGGCGACGCGAGUGCGAGGAGGCGGCAGGGUGCGCGUGCGGCGGCGCCCCGCCCGCGCCCCCCGCGCCGCUCGUGCACCACCCGCUCCGCGCUCUCGACCAGAUGCCGCCGCCUCUGCUCAGGUCGAAUCCCCUAUACACAGAGGAAGAAGAGCAAGAGGUAGUGAUAAUCGUGGACUCGCUGGACGAGGUGCCCGAGGGGGAAGCCCCGGAGCCGCCGCGCACGCCGCGGAGAGCUCCCUCCACAUCAUCAGGCUACGGCAGCGGCGGCGGCAGCCACGGCCGGGUGUCCCCCAACUUACCAAAGAGCGAUCAGUUCGAGGCGCCGGCCUGCCGGCUCUCCGACUCGGACAAGAACGAUGGAUCUCACACCACGUCGGACUCCGACGCCAGUCCCGUCUGCACCCUCAGCAGGAGCUUGAAGGAGGAUAUUAGGUCCUGUUUAGGAGUAUGCAGAUGGGAGAAAGAUGUAAACGAAGUAGUGGAGGCGGCAGUCCGCGGUGCGGGCGGGAUCAGUGCGGCGCGCGCGCGGCUGCACGCGGCGCUGCUGGCGCUGCACGAACCGCCGCCGCGCCUGCCCCAACAGGGGCCCGUCCCUGCCUUACUGCGGCCCCGGCGUCAGGCCCGGGGAUGUCACCAUGAUGCCCAAGAACACUGA